AUGCUUGGCAUGCCCGUAACAUGGGCUCUCUUUACCCCCAAGCCAAAGUCUUUGAUGGAACGGAUAGCUGCUCUAAGAGAGUUAGGGCAUACACAUGAGAGGUAUCAAGGGAUGGCAGCUGAGAAAGCGCCCCCUCGAACCAAAAAGGAUCCUCCAGCUGAGAAGGACCGGCAGCCCAAGAGGAAGAGAGAAGCUGCAAGCUUCUCCGGACCUCAGAAGGCCUCCGGACCUAAGGACAAAGCGGUGGAACUGAAGGGUAUCCCGAGGGAUAUUCUAGAAGAAAGAACGAAAGCAGAAGUAUGCUUGAAG